ACCCGGAAACCAGGAAAACCCCUGCGGGUUGAGGAGCCUCACUCCCAGAGCGGUAGAGGGCUCCAACUCAGAAGCUAUAGAGAUAUAGCAAGUCCUUGAGGCUGAGAGACCUUACUUCCGGAACGUCAGGGAGCUCCGGCUCCGACACGUCAGAGGCACGACGGACAGCAAGCCAUAAGCCACUGCAACGCCGGCAUUCUGGAAGGACAUGGAGCGUCAAAACUUCGAUUACCUGCUUUACGUGGGACUUGACGACGACGAUGACAACUGGGAUGAGGCUGAGGCAUCGACGGUCUUGCAGGCUGGAGAGGGACGAAAUGAGGAAGCCAGUGGACCGGGCCAGGCUGGGCGCGGAGCCGCAGCCGCUGCAGCCAUAGCCGCAGAAGCAGCCGGAGCAGAAGCAGGAGAAGGCCCCUCAGCUGCUGGCGCAGCAGGCCCCGUGGAUGAUGGGAACCAAGAGGGCGCUGUUGGUGGCCAUGGCCAGGAGAAUGAGCCACAGCCUCAGGAGCCAGAUCGUGGGGCCAUGGGAGACAACCAGGCUGUGCUGUCCUUGGCCGAGCGGUGGUCCUGUGUUCAACCCGUGAGGGUGCUGGUGCCUGAAUUCCGAGUCCAUUACCAGCACAGGUUCACCUUGGCUCAGCUCCAAGAGCUGGAGAGCGCCUUUCAGCGCAGUCAGUACCUCACCACUGAGGAGGCGAAACGAUUGGCAUCUUGCUUGGGUGUAACUGAAGCCAGAGUGCAGAGAUGGUUUUUGAAGAGGAGAGAAAAAUACAGAAGAUAUAAGAGACUGUGAGCACCCAGAGGUUCUCCUCCGGCUUCCCAUAACCUCUUUCUCUGAAGAUUGUGGGGGAGACCUAGAGUGCCACUCUCACCAGGUGUCAGAUGCUCAUGAGAUUUGGCUGCUGCCAAAACCCCGCUAAUACAUGCUGAUGUCCUCAG